CGGUGGUGCCCAAGCCAUGCCCAGCUUUUAUCUGCCGGUGCUGCUGCUCCUGGUGGCGGUGGGCACGGGCCGCGGAGACCCGGCAGAGUUGAUCUGGAAACCACCCAACAGCUCCUCUGCUGUCUAAGCCUCCUCGUGUCCCCGGGAGAAGCCCGAACCGACCCGCCAGGGCCCCGGUGGUGAGCGGACACGAUGCUCGACCUCAGGCAACUGUCCCUGGAGGCUAAGGCCGCCGUGGCCGCCGGCGUGGUCUUCUUCUCCAUGAUGCUGUCCCGGACCUAUCUGGGCGGGAGCGUCGGCCCCGGGGUCCAGCGCUGGCUCUUCCGCUUGCAGCUGGCCCUUUUCGCCAACGCGCUGAUGCUGAUCGGCUCCCUAUACAUCUGGAGGUGCACCGUGACUUCCCUGUGCCGCCCCCUGCGCUCCGGCUCGGCCUGCCCGGGCCCGUGGAAGGCGGCCGUCGGGACGUUCCUGGCCCUGGCCCACUCCAGCUUCUUCACCACGCUCUUCCUCGUGGCCGAAGAGCCCUACCUGUUUUCCUUGGCGGCCUACUCCUGCCUCGGAGCGUACGUCAUCAUGAUCUUCUUCCUCUUCACCCUGGGCUGCAUGGAGCAGGGCUACCGACUCCUGGCCUGGCGGGGCGGGGUGCCCGGGGCCGGGGCCGACAAGACGAGGAGGGCGGUCGCGAAGCCGCUGCUGGCGGUGGCGGUGACGGCCCUGCUCAGCGUGGUGGGCCUCCUGAACGCGGCCCGGCCCCCGGCCGUGAAGACGGUGGAGGUCCCCCUGCGCCAGCUGCCCCCGUCCAUGGACGGCUUGAAGGUGGUGCUGCUCUCCGACAUCCACCUGGGCCCCACCGUGGGGAGGACCAAGAUGGAGCAGAUCGUGCGCACGGUCGAGGACCUGGAGCCGGACGUCACCGUGAUCGUCGGGGACCUGACGGACUCGGAAGCCUCGGUCCUGCGCCGGGCGGUGGAGCCCCUGGGCCGUCUGAGGUGCCCCCUGGGCACCUACUUCGUCACGGGAAAUCACGAGUACUACACGUCGGACGUCAACAACUGGUUCGAGCUCCUGGAGUCCCUGGGCGUCCGGCCGCUCCACAACGAGAACGUCAAGGUCACUGUCGCCGGGGCCUCGGCCGGGGACACCGCCGGCCGGGACUGGAUCUGCCUGGCCGGGGUGGACGACAUCGAGGCGGAUGUCUUGCGCUACUCGGGCCACGGGAUGGACCUGAGCAAGGCCCUGGGGGACUGCGGCCCCGACCACGCCACCGUCCUGUUGGCCCACCAGCCUCUGGCCGCCAAGUGGGCCCUGCAGGCCCGGCCUGACAUCGACCUUAUCCUCUCGGGCCACACUCACGGGGGGCAGAUCUUCCCGCUGAACGUGGGGGCCUACCUGCUGAACCCCUUCUUUGCCGGGCUCUACAGAGUCGGGGAGAGCACCUUCGUCUACGUCAGCCCGGGCACCGUCUACUACGGGAUCCCCAUGAGGCUGGGCAGCCGGGCCGAGAUCACGGAGAUCAUCCUGCGUGCCCUCUGAGGGCGGGGGCGGAGGACUGUCCGUCUCCUCUGAGGGUGGGCUGCCAGUCCAUCCCCACCCCCUGACCCCUGCUACACUUCUGCCCUCAAACCCACCCCUUAAUGGCCCUUAGCGUGUCCUCGUGUUGGUCAGUAUUAUGUCUGGCCUGACGGACGGAUGCUCACUCCAAAGCCCGGAUGGAGCAUAAAAACAGAAACAAAAUGCAAACUCCUGCUAAUUGUCUUUCUCCCUGGCUGGAGAGGACAGUCUGGUAACUUGGUCCAUUUGGGCUGGAAAAAUUUUUUGGCAGGGGGGACUUACAUGCCUUGUUGGUCAAGGAUAGCAAGUUGUGGUGUCUGUAAAGGCUAUUAAGGGGGUACUGGGGGCAAGCACCUUCUGUUCUCUUGUGCAGGAUCAUAAAACACUCCACCUCUAUCAGAGAGAUAUGCAGAUAACUCCUGGAGAUAGGUGCUGGGCAUUGGGGUUACCUCCACCCUGCUGUUGCAAUCUGGAGGGAAGAGAUAAAAUCCUGCAAGGGUGGGUCAUUCACAGGUACUCCUCUCUCUUCCCUGGUUUGAGCAACAAGUGGGCUGAUACUAAACCUCACGUUUCCAGCCAGUGUAGGGUUUUUGAGUGAGAUUUUGGGUUCAGGGCACAGAUCUCUUGUGUGCGUGUGGGGAGGUGGUUGCAUGUGUGUGAGUUUAGGGGGAUGCAGCUUAAAGGGUAGCACCUUUGUUUUCUGUCUCUCUAUUUGCCACCCCCCCGCCCCCUGAGUUUAGCCAGCACAGGGAAGAAGCAGCCUUGUUUUUUUUAAAUCUCCUGGCUGGGGCCAGCUUGACUGGGAAGUGGGAGAAGGUGAGAUUCUCCAAACCCUUGCCCUGAGAGAACUGGCCGUUAUACGUUCUCCCUAAAAAAUGCUCCCGAGGGCCUUGGGUUCUCCAAGAACAGUCUUCAACGUUGACAAUGGGCCCACGC